CGUCUGAUUUUACGCCUAUUCGAAUUCCUCUCUCCCGUGCAUUUAUUUCGGAGCUUUUUCGCCUUCUUGUUCUCCUCAUGUCGGAUCGGAAGUCGCUAGGGCUUCUCAUGAAGAAGAAAUCUUCGCCUUCUUCUCCUCUUGCAGGAUCGGAAGUCGCUCGGGCUUCGCGCGCGUGGUUAGGUUUCUUCGGGCAGAACCAGCAGGGCUGUCCUGGAUCGGAUUUUUCCCUGUACAUCAAUGAAGGCCAAUAUAGUAAUGUGCGAAAGGGUCAGUCCAAGCGACUCAAGGAUGUGGAAAUCAGCUUUCCAAUUGUGUAUGGCACUAUAUCCUUUUGGCUUGGUAAAAAAGCUAGCGAAUAUAAUUCUCAUAAAUGGACUGUUUAUGUCCGUGGGGCAACUAAUGAGGAUUUGAGUGUGAUAGUUAAGCGUGUUGUAUUUCAACUACAUCCCAGUUUCAACAAUCCAACACGAAUUGUUGAGUCGCCACCUUUUGAAUUGUCAGAAUCUGGGUGGGGAGAAUUUGAAAUUGCUAUUAAUAUCUUUUUCCAUAAUGAUGUCUGUGACAAGCAGCUUGACUUGUAUCACCAACUUAAAUUGUACCCUGAGGAGGAUAAUGGUCCCCAAUCAACCAAAAAACCAGUUGUUAUCGAAACUUAUGAUGAGAUUGUCUUUUUCGAGCCAUCUGAGGCUUUUUUUCUUCGUGUUCAAAAUCAUCCCGCUGCAAUGGUUCCUAGGCUACCUGCUGGGCUCAAUUUGCCACCACCUGGUCCUCCUGAACUUGUGCUCGAGAAGAAAAGAGGCGACACUAAGGACCAUCCUCUUAGUCAAUGCUUCAUGAACUUUUCAGAGGCAGAUGAACUUUUAAAACUUGCUGCUGCUCGCCAACAGGUAGGCCUUAUAACUCAUUGUGUUUAACAUUGCUGCAUUUUC